AGCACCGCUUCUUUGUUUACAUCGGACAUGUGUUUUUGAAGGAAGUCACCUCUGACCUGGACUCUGAGCAAUUUAAGCACAUCAUCUACAAUCAGCGAGUGAAAACUUGUGCAGAAAAAGCUCAACAAUGUUGAUACGACUCGGCAAACACUCGGCUCUUAUUCAGUCCCGUCACAUCCGCAGCUCUUUUAUCGGAGCCAUCAGAUUAAAAAGUUCCUCCAGCGAAUACGACUAUCAGUUUGUCCAGAAAAGCCGCCUGCCUUCGAAUCACUUCCAGAAGUCCCUUCCACGGCUGCCCAUUCCAAAACUAGAGGACACCAGGGACAAAUACUUGAAAGCUCAACAACCUCUUCUGGGGGAAAGUUCCGAUGCCUUCAAAGCGACCACGAAAUUUGCAAAUGAUUUCGUAGCCGGAGAGGGCCCCUCCCUGCAGCAGGAGUUGGUGGCUGAGGACAAGGCCAACAAGCACACCAGCUACAUUUCAGGGCCCUGGUUUGACAUGUACCUGAAGGACCGAGUGCCUCUGCCCAUCAACUACAACCCAAUCCUUGUCCUGGUCAACGACCCGAAACCUGCUUACAAUGACCAGGUCAUCAGAGCAACCAACAUGAUGAUUUCCUCCUUGAGAAUCAUGAAAUCCUUGCGAGCUGGUAUUCUGGCCCCGGAGGUUUUCCAUUUGAACCCGAAGAAGAGUGACACAGAUCUUUUUUACACGGUGACUGGUCUUCUGCCGUCGUCUCUUUCCUGGUACGGAGCCUAUUUGUUCAAGGCUUUUCCGCUGGACAUGUCACAAUAUGGCAACCUUUUCAACUCGACUCGAGUCCCGGGUGUGGGCAAAGACAGCAUUGUGAAAAACGACAAAGCCAACCACAUGCUGGUCAUGAGAAAGGGAAACUUUUAUGUUUUUGAUGCCCUGGACAAAAAUGGAAAUAUCUUGCCACCUUCUGAUCUGUUGGCUUGCAUCGAUUACAUUUCCAAGGACAAUUCUCCUGCAUCCGAGUUUCCGAUCGGAGUUUUGACCUCGGAAAACAGGGAUGUGUGGGCCAAAGCGAGACAAGAACUUGAGUCUCAAGGCAAUGCAGAAGUUUUGAACGUGCUCGACUCAAGCAUCUUCAAUUUGUGUUUGGACGAUGAAACGAUGGGAACAAACAGGGAAAAAUUGCUCAGAAAUUAUCUUCAUUCAGACGGAGUGAACAGGUGGUUCGAUAAGUCUUUCUCCCUGAUCAUUGCCAAGGAUGGAACUGCUGGGAUCAACUUUGAGCAUUCCUGGGGUGAUGGAGUCGCCAUCCUCCGCUACUUUACCGACAUGUUCAAGGACAGCACCAACUUGCCUCAAGUACAUCCCGACACAAAGUCAAACUUUGACGCUGCGAAUCAUGUCAGGAAACUGGAAUUCAAGAUCAAUGACAGCAUCAAGAAGAGCAUUGCCGACGCCAAGAAAAAUCAUGAAGCGAUCUCCAAAUCCUUGGCUUUUGACGUUUUGGAAAUGCACAACUACGGAAAGAAAUUGUGCAAGAAACACGGAGUCAGUCCUGAUGCCAUCAUGCAGCUUGGAUUCCAGGUUGGAUACCACAAACUUGCGGGGAAAAAUGUGGCCACUUACGAAUCUUGCAGCACAGCCGCGUUCCGACACGGACGAACAGAAACAGUGCGGCCCUGCACCAUGGCCACCCAGGCUGUCUGCAACGCCAUCAACGGCUCAAAUCAGCCCUCAAACACCGAACUACUUGCCAUGAUCAAAAAGUGUUCAGAAGUGCAUGGAAAUUUGACAAAAGAUGCCGCCAUGGGCCAAGGCUUUGAUCGACACCUCUUCGGCCUGCGUCGCCUUGCAGAGAAAAAAGGAAUCACUCCUGCCAUUUUCUCUGAUCCAGCUUAUGCUGCAAUCAAUCACAAUAUUCUCUCCACCUCCACUCUUUCCUCCGACAUUGUGGCCGCCGGCGCAUUUGGGCCUGUUGUGAAGGAUGGCCUUGGAAUCGGGUACAGCAUCAUGGACAACAUGCUUGGCGCGAUAGUCAGCAGCUACCCGCCUAACAAUAACGGAGCCGGAUUUGUUUCUUCGCUCAAGACUGCAUACGAGAAUAUAUUUAACGUUCUGGAGACUGCCAAUAAGUCUUAAGUUGUUUUGUAAAACUGUUAUUUUUUGAAAGCUUUUUGUUGAAAAAUUUUUUGGAAUGGAAAGGUUUAAUAUAUACACCACUAUAUUCUAAAUAAACACUGAAGUUUUCCUGUUAAAAUUAUAAACUUAUUUUUCUAAUUAUUGACAAAAUAUAUCAGGAAAAUUUGGUGCACUUUCGUUGAUCACUUUUUUAUCUCUCUAAUCA